CGCUGGAAGACCUCCGUUAUCUCAGAAUCACAGCUUCGUGAUUCAGUCUCUUGCACUAGCAAAGGUGGACCUAAACCCUUCUACACGGACGAGGUCCCGCCCGCAGGCAUUUGUGACAACAACAGCCAAGUGCCAGCUUGUCAACCUCUCCAGGUGCAGGCCAAGGCACGCCUUGGAGUACCAAGUUAUAGGUAGCCUGAGGUCCCUCACGGUCAUUUCUAAACCACUCCAACAACCGCACCCGACCCGAUCGUUCGUUGGCUUAGGUUGGACUGAGCAACCAACCAUACCUCCACCGACCAUGGCCACCACAACCACCGACACCCCGCAGACCCAAGUCUCCUCCCUCUCCCAGGAGGGCUGCUACAUCGCCCUGACCUCUUCGCCGCUCAAUAUUCAAUCCGUCAUGGAUCGCGUGCGCUCCCCCCAAGCAGGCGCCAUCGUCCUCUUUGCAGGCACGACCCGGGACUCGUUCGACAACGAGCCGGUCAAGGAGCUCCAGUACACGGCGUACGCGCCGCUCGCGCUGCGGACCAUGCAGGACAUUGCCGCCGCGCUGCGGGCCAAGCACGGGCUCAAGGGCAUCGCCAUGGUCCACCGCCUCGGCGUGGUGCCCGUCGGCGAGGAGAGCAUCCUCAUCGCCGUGUCGGCGCCCCAUCGGCAGGCCGCCUGGCGCGCCGGCGAGGAGGCGCUCGAGGAGUGCAAGGCACGGGUGGAGGUGUGGAAGCGCGAGGAGUUUGAGGGCGGCGAGGGCGUCUGGAGGGCGAAUCGGGAUGGGGCGAAGGGAGAGCGGGUCGGGUGAGGAAGAAGGGAUACACUUGUUCUUCUCUCUCUCUCCUCUCUUCAUAUUGCUUCCUGUUCAUAUAUAUAUAUAUUUCUCUUCUUUUUACUCCUCCCAGCGAGGCCAUAUAACCCCCCCGGGGGGAGGGGGCUGUUGAAGUGACGAGGUGCCACGAAUUUGGAUUGUGCGGCAAUAUAUAUGUAUGUAUGUCUGUUCAUACAUAAGGGUACUUGAGCUGGCUCUCCGGCGGCAUGCGGAGACCCC